AAAACUCUGAUAAUUACUUUUUUCCCUGGUGCAUUUAUUUUUCUGGAAAAAACAAUAUGCAUGGUAACAUUUUAGCGCAGAUAAAAAAAAAAAAAUUAAAUAGCUGCUGAAAAUGCAAUUUCUGAAUUGAAACUGUACCAGGUGGAAAGUAUGCUCAUCCACACAUAGCAGAAGAGCUGCUCCAAAACCUGGUUAUAUCGAAAAAGUGAAACAGUAAAAAGCAAACAAACAUUGUAGGUUGCAGUAGAGAACUAUUUUGUUUGGGUGUGGGGUUUACUGGUUACUUUCCAUCAUGUUUCCUGUGAUUGUUGUUUCAGGGAAUUGUUUCUGAAAAAACAUUGUUAUGAAAAUGAAACCAGCCACCAGUCUCGUAUUACUGCUUCUGGGUAUUCUCUGUGAGUCUUAAGCAGAGGAGAUUUAUAAUGUCGGGCAGGUUUUACUUACUCUUUGCCUUUCUUUUCAGUGUUGGGCCCUUGGAAGCAUCUCGAGAAAUCUUAUUGUGCAAGUCGCCGAGUCUAGAAGUCUGGUAUACUUUGUGCGAUGAAAGGAAUGCUCUUACUCUUUCGUUACAUCCAUGUACAUACAAAGUAGGAGAAUUCCAUCGUUUGAGUUUAACGUGGAUUACCAGGAUGGAUUUACUGCGCGUAUCUGUACAAGUUGAUGUCUGGAAACAAUCUGUAAAAGUCUCAGAGUAUAAAUAUGUUCUGUGUUCAGGAGCUGAUGAUUACUAUCCCUUUUGCGGUGCCAUAAAGGGAGAAACAAUUGAGUUUAGUUCAGACACUCUGUUGCCCAGACUGCAUCUGGUUCAGGAUAAAUAUAUAUUCUCCUUCAAAGUUCUUGCUGGUGAACAAGAAAAGAUGGCGUUUUGUGGUAACGUCUCUCUUAUUCAGAAGGAAUAAGAACAGGCUAUGGAAGUUAUUUCUGGAAAAAUGAAAAAACAUUUUUUCGUAAGCCCCUCCUCAAGAACAUUUUUGAGCCUCACAACUUGCACAUUAUGUAAACCAACAGGAAAGCAAUGCGAGAUUAUUAUGUCCUUGAGUUUCAAAUCCAUAUGCCAACAAGCCACACUAGCACACACUAGCAAACACUACAACACACACUACAACACACACUAGCACACACUACAACACACACUACAACACACUACAACACACACUAGCACACACACUAUAACAUGCUCAAUCAACGCUCUCAUAACAACAAAAAGCAAAGACUCUCUCAACUCAGCAAUGGUCACAGUGUAGCCUGACUGGGAAUAAAGGGAGGACCUUCGUAACUACCAGAGAAACAUCUAUAGAGGUUCUCCAUAGAACGGAUUAGUUCCAGCAAGGCUGUACAAAAUAUAUUGCAACCCACAAUAUUUUAGGGGCUGCACAGACCAUGGAACUAUGCUCCAAAUAUGGUCGGAAUAUAAGAUUUCUGGGUUUCCGUAACACACUUAAUAUCUUGAGAGUUACACACUAGGUUCACCAAGGAUCCGAUUAUAUGAAAAGCGUAUGUUACAGAAUGAUAUGGAAGCAUGUGAUAAAAUUUAAUCAAGGUUAUGAUGCAGAUAAUUCAAACUCUAAUUGGUGGAUCUGGCAUGUAACCCAACCGCUGUAUAUAUGUUACAGUAUAUAACUUGUUUUUUCUUUUUCAUAUUUUUUUCUUCAUAUUUCUUCAUGUAUCUGCUUUAACAAAAACUUUGACAAAAAAUAGUUUGUAAAUGUUAUUUGGUCAUUUUCCAAUAAAUUCACAAAUUAUCAACCAAA